CCUUCGCGUUGACAACAGCUGAAAUAAGUCAUUGAAUUGAAACGACGAGGCAUCAGUAACACCGUAUUGUAUUACGGCCGACCAGGGCAAUAUUUGAAGACGGAGAUAAACAAGGUCAAGGUUAUAAUACUUGCACGGCGAAUUUUAUGGCACCAGACCUACUACAACUAAUACUAUAUUGGACGUCUCUGGAGCACCGGUCCAUUGCCAUAUUGGUACUGAAAGAAUUAGCUUCAUGCUUGAAUGGGAAUCAUUAUGUAAAAUGGGAAAAUAAUACAAGAUAUUAAAAGUCAUUUGCACCAAAGUUUUAGAAGCAUAUAGAAAUUGUUUUUGAAUACAAAAUGUUGCGUCUUCAGCGCCAAGUGACCAAAAUCCAUCAAGCCACUGGUAAUAAUCUUUCGCAGGUUAUUUUGAAUCAUGAACCCAAAGGGAGGCCACUCCAGUACAACCAACUAUACAGAACAUAUAAAUCACAGACGUCACAAGAACUUACAAAUGCUCCUAUUAAAAAAUUACUGGUGGCCAAUAGAGGUGAAAUUGCAAUACGAGUGUUCCGAGCAUGUACAGAAAUGAACAUAAGAACAGUGGCUAUUUAUUCAGAACAAGAUAUGAUGCACAUGCAUCGACAGAAAGCUGAUGAAUCAUAUUUAAUAGGAAAAGGUCUUCCACCUGUAGCUGCUUAUCUUAAUAUACCAGAAAUAAUACACAUAGCAAAGGAGAAUGGAGUUGAUGCAGUACAUCCAGGUUAUGGGUUUUUAUCAGAAAGAUCAGAUUUUGCUCAAGCAUGCGUUGAUGCUGGUAUUAAUUUUAUUGGUCCAUCACCAGAAGUUGUCAGAAAGAUGGGAGAUAAAGUAGAAGCUCGUCAAGCUGCUAUUCAAGCAGGAGUACCUGUGGUUCCUGGUACUGAUGGACCUGUCAAAUCUGCUGGAGAAGCCGUUCAGUUCUGCAAGGAUCAUGGUCUUCCUGUUAUAUUUAAAGCUGCGUUUGGUGGAGGUGGUCGUGGUAUGCGAGUUGUACGAGAAUUAGAUGAAAUUGAGGAGAAUUUUAAUCGUGCUACAUCUGAGGCACUAACAGCUUUUGGUAAUGGUUCCUUAUUUUUAGAAAAAUUUAUAGAAAGACCAAGACAUAUAGAGGUACAAAUAUUAGGUGAUAGUCAUGGUAAUGUGAUACAUUUGUAUGAAAGAGAUUGUUCUGUUCAAAGACGUCAUCAAAAGGUUGUGGAAAUUGCACCAGCCCCUCAUCUAGACCCAGCAAUUAGAGACAGAAUGACGGCAGACGCAGUCAAGCUUUGUAGACAUGUCGGUUAUGAAAAUGCUGGUACUGUUGAGUUUUUAUUGGAUAACACAGGCAAUUUCUUUUUCAUUGAAGUAAAUGCUAGAUUACAGGUUGAACACACUGUUACAGAGGAAGUCACUGGAGUAGAUUUAGUACAGUCUCAGAUAAGAAUAGCUGAAGGACAUAAACUAGAGGCAUUAAAAUUAGCUCAGGAUAAUAUUAAACUAAACGGCUGUGCUAUUCAGUGUAGAAUGACUACAGAAGAUCCUGCUAAAAAGUUUCAACCAGACACUGGUAGAAUAGAGGUAUUUAGAAGUGGAGAAGGUAUGGGUAUACGAUUAGAUAGUGCGUCUGCUUUUGCUGGGGCUAUUGUCUCUCCCUAUUAUGACUCAUUGUUGGUAAAAAUUAUUGCCAAAGCUCGAGAUCAUGAAUCUGCAGGUGCCAAAAUGUUGAGAGCUCUGAGAGAAUUUAGGAUUCGAGGUGUCAAGACGAAUAUACCAUUCCUGUUAAAUGUAUUGGAGAAUGAAACAUUCAUGUCCGGAGCUGUAGAUACUUAUUUUAUUGAUGAAAAUCCACAAUUAUUCCAAUUUCAACCAAGUCAAAAUAGAGCUCAAAAACUUUUACACUAUAUGGGUCAAGUAAUGGUAAAUGGUCCAUCGACACCCUUGGCAACCAAGUUAGAACCGUCUGAAACACUACCGACCGUACCUGAAGUUCCUGUAGAUGGCACAAGGGGAGUUGCCAAAAAACCACCAGCAGGGUGGAGGGAUAUUCUUAUCAAAGAAGGCCCUGAAGGAUUUGCUAAGAAAGUUCGACAACACAAUGGACUAUUGCUUAUGGAUACAACGUACCGUGAUGCCCAUCAGUCGCUAUUGGCAACACGAGUUAGAAGUUAUGAUCUCAAUAGAAUAUCUCCAUAUACGGCACAUAAUUUUAAUAAUUUAUUCAGUUUGGAAAAUUGGGGAGGAGCUACAUUUGAUGUUGCACUUCGAUUCUUACACGAAUGCCCGUGGGAGAGACUGGAUACUUUACGUAAAUUAAUUCCAAAUAUACCAUUCCAAAUGUUACUACGUGGUGCUAAUGCUGUAGGCUAUACCAAUUAUCCUGAUAAUGUAGUUUUCAAAUUCUGUGAGUUGGCUGUUAAACAUGGAAUGGAUAUUUUCCGUAUAUUCGACUCCCUCAACUAUUUACCCAACAUUAAAGUUGGUAUGGAAGCUGUAGGAAAUGCAGGUGGUGUUAUUGAAGCUGCUAUAUCAUAUACUGGUGAUGUGUCAGAUCCAACAAAAACUAAAUAUAAUCUACAAUAUUAUGAAGAUCUGGCUGGAGAAUUGGUUAAAGCUGGAACUCAUAUUCUCAGUAUUAAGGAUAUGGCUGGAUUAUUGAAACCAAAAGCAGCACAUCUAUUAGUGUCUUCACUGCGGGACAAGUUUCCUGAUGUACCUAUACAUGUUCAUACCCACGAUACAGCAGGAGCAGGAGUGGCAGCCAUGUUAGCAGCAGCUGAAGCUGGAGCUGAUGUUGUAGAUGUGGCUGUUGAUUCUAUGUCUGGUAUGACAUCACAGCCUAGUAUGGGAGCUGUUGUCGCAGCUUUAGAAAGAACAGAUUUAGAUACAGGUUUAAAGCUUGAUAAUGUAUCUGCAUACUCAGCAUAUUGGGAACAAACAAGGAAUCUGUAUGCACCAUUUGAAUGUUGUGUUACUAUGAAGAGUGGUAAUUCAGAUAUUUAUAUCAAUGAAAUUCCAGGUGGACAGUACACCAAUCUACAGUUCCAGGCAUUUAGUCUUGGGUUAGCUGAUCAGUUUGAAGAAGUAAAGAAAAUGUAUUCAGUUGCCAAUAAAUUACUGGGAGAUAUACCAAAGGUAACUCCAUCGUCCAAAGUAGUUGGUGAUAUGGCUCAGUUUAUGGUUCAGAAUAAACUUACAGCAGAAAUGGUAGAAGAAAGAGCAGAAGAGUUAUCUUUCCCUAGUUCUGUAAUAGAAUAUUUUCAAGGGCUAUUGGGACUACCACCAGGUGGAUUUCCAGAACCUUUACGAUCAAGGAUUUUACGUGGAGCUAAAACAUUUGAUGAACGACCAGGUGCUUCACUUCCACCAUUGGAUUUUGACGCACUGAAAAGUUCUCUUGAAGAAAAACAUGGUAGAAAAAUUAAGGAGGUAGAUUUAAUGAGUGCUGCCCUCUAUCCUACCGUUACAGAUAAUUAUUUAGAUUUUAUAGAUAAAUAUGGACCAGUUAAUACUUUAGAUACCAGAAUGUUUUUAGCUGGACCAAAAGUAGCACAGGAAACAGAGGUUGAAAUAGAAAGAGGUAAAACAUUAUCUAUUAAGACUCUAGCUGUUGGUGAUCUCAAUAAAACUGGUGCUAGAGAAGUUUUCUUUGAAUUAAAUGGACAACUGAGAUCUGUAUUGAUUAAAGACGAAGAAGCCAUGAAGGAAAUGCACUUUCACCCUAAAGCUAUUAAAGGAGUGUUGGGAUCUGUUGGUGCCCCUAUGCCAGGGGAGAUAAUUGACAUCAAGGUUAAGGUUGGAGACAAGGUCAAGAAGGGCCAACCCAUAGUUGUUCUGAGUGCUAUGAAAAUGGAAAUGGUUGUAAAUGCUCCUAUGGCAGGUACUAUCAAGGGUAUGACUAUAACGAAGGGAAUGAAACUUGAAGGUGACGAUCAUAUGUUGGAUAUUGAAUGAAGAUAUAAGAUUUGACCACUAGGAAAUAUGAGGAUUAUAAAGCUGAAUAUGUUGAUAUGUAAUAUAAGAAAAGUUGAAAUAUAUGUCUAAGAACAUGGAAUGGACAGUAUUAGUCCAUUAAUUUCAGGUGUUAAUGAAUAGCAUAAAGACUUAAAGCGGCAUUAUGGAAGAUUAGAUAAAGAGCUGACAGUUCUCGCUAUUAUAGUUAAAUAAUAGAAAAUUUCAGUCCUGAUUUCAAAAACACUGUAGCCUUGAUUGUCAUUGUUACCAUUGUUACGAUAAUAAACAAAGUAUCGAUCAUCCAUUUUUACAGUUAAUCAUCAACAUCCGAUGAACUGCAGAUCAGAUUCAAAUCUGUUGAAAAUUGGACCCAUCAGAUGGCAUUGAGAGUUAAUUAUGUUAUUAAAUGUCUAAUUAAUAGUUUAUAUAACAACUAAGGCCGAAAGGAAAAACCUGCAGUGGGCAGAUUUAGCCCUUGCAUAAUGCCUGUUUAAGUUUUAUAAUAAAACUUGGUGUGUACACCAAUGGAUAAAAUGAAAGUUAAUCUAUGAGUUGGGUUGGAGAAUAUAAUUAUGGAAUAUGGAUAAUAUUUUGUUAAUAUAUUUAAUAGGUAAAAGAAUAUCCUGAUAGACUUUAGUAAUUUGAAAUAUCAAACUAUCAUUACGUAAUUGAGUACUUCAUUGAUUUUAAUGUAUAUUAGGUGUUUCUGUUCAUUUCUGCUCACAUAGAAAGCUUUUAGAAAGCACAUUAAAUGCCUUUUGUGAACAGUGAAAAAUACUUGUAUACAUUUUGUUUUUAAAGAUCUACGCAAUAUAAAUAAAUAUAAUAACUCAUCGAGUUAUCUAAGUGCUAUAUGUAAACUCAUAAACUUUAUGAUUAGGAAGAUUAUAAAAUUACCCAAAAGCAUAAUAAUAUACUAUUUUCUUGUGCACAAUGAAUUGAUGAACUUUCUUCAACUGAAACAUUAAAUUCAGCUGAUUUGUAAUGUAUAUUAAAUAUGUAAAUAACUCUUGUCCUCCAUCGAAGGUCCUUUCAUUGUUUCUAUAAUAACAUCUUUAUGCUUGGGGUUUUCAUUUUAGAAGCUUAAUUUAAGAAUUAAAAAGAUAUAAUACAAUAAACUAUAGUCAUCUUUUAUUAAAAUCAUGAAAAUUCUAUCUUGACAAUUGCCAACAAAUGCAUGUACAGUUUAGUAUUAUUUCUCAGUAUAUUUUAAUGUGAUAACAAAGCAUACUGUGUUGUUAUAAUAAUAAUUGAAAUUACAGUAUGCUUGUAACAAAUGAUUAUUAUUAAUAUUAUGUUUACAUAGCAUUACUGUUAUAAGUUAGAUUGAAGAUGUGAUAUGCUUAUUACAAAUUUUAUUAUUAAUAAUAUGUCACAUAGCAUUACAGUUAUUAUUUAGAUUAAAGAUGUGAUAUGUUCAUUACUGUUGUUAUAAUUGUAAUUGAGGAUGCAGUAAGCUUAUAGCAAACAGUUAUUAUUAAUGAUUAUGUUUAUAGAACAUUGAAUAUUUUUAGAAAAUUUACUAUACAAAGAAAUUAUGCUGUUAUUGAUAAUUUCAAUAUAUUAUAUUAUACAAUCAUGUAUGUGAUCAUUUAAAAUAUGACAUAUUUCAAAAAUAUUACAUUAUUAGGUUGACCCUGAUAUUUUAUUUAAUAGAAUAUCUAUUUUAAAGAGGAUUAAAUGUAUAUUAUUAACUGAUUCUGUCAACUUGAUCGAAUUUAAACUUUCAGAAAAUGCUGAAUAUUAAUUGUUUUCUUAUGUGCUACCAAAUAUAUUUUGACUCAUGGUAUCUAAGGGUUGCUUUUGGUACAUAUAAACAGGGAGAUUUUUGUCUUUCGAUUUCUAUCUUAAAUAUUGUCAAUAUCUCUGAUGCUAAAAAAAUGAUGAAAAAGAUGGAAUUUUUACUUGAAAAAUAAUUUUUUCAUUCUAUUUUCUAUUGUGGAAUUCCAGUAUACCGGUAAUUCAGUUUUAAGUAUUUAAGGCCAUUGUCUGCAUUACAAAAGUAUGAAUGAAUGUUUUUUGCAUUCUAUUUUCUUUUGAGAAAUUGUGCCAGUAUAACUCAGUUUUAAGUAUUUAGAGCUGUUUUCUGCAUUUAUAGUACGCCAUAUUUUGUUAUGCAAACUGUUGUAAACCACUUUAUAUUGCUUAUUUGUUAUUUUUUGGUUUUAAUAUUUUUGUUUUGAUUAGUCAGAAAGAUAUAAAACUGGUAGAUACAUUUACAAGAUAUUGAACUCAAUGCACUGAUUAAUAAUAAUUAAAAUGAUUUAUGUUUUUUAAGUCAGGAUUUAGAUAAUUUUUAAUAAUGUUAUUUGUGAUAAUAUACAAGUUAUUAUUGCACAGUCUUUCUAACUACAUAUGAAUUAAUGUAAAAUUAUGUUGAAUAAACAAGAUGAAUGUUAUCAGCUUAAGCAUUCUAUUUACAAA